CCGUGUCCUGGAAACCGCCCCUGACGCCUCUUUGGUUCCCACCGAAACAAACAAAGCGCAGAUGGAGUCUUUCUCCGUACACAAACGUUUACCAGCGCUCCCUCCAUCCAGUUGAUUCCCGUUAGUUAGAUGGGCUUGUCUAUCUAGUGUCAUAUAGAAACAAUGUCAGCCAUUUAUUAUUUCUUUCUGUAACGUUGUUGACGACUCGCGUGUGAUUUCAGUCAUUGCGCAACAGUGGCAGUUAACGUUACCCCAGCUAGCUGCCACUUCAGCGUCCAAACAACUGCCCGGUGCUCAUUAGGCUGAGGCUGAGCAGAGAUGACAAGCGAUUUGGCUGUUAACGUAUUUACUUCCAAACAGGUUUGGUAGGCACGAAUGACCGCCCCGGUUUGGCUCCUGCUUGAAAAAGAUCAGAUGUCAAGAAAGAUUUGUUGAGUCAAGCUAGCUAGCAGCACACUGAUCAGCCUUGUACAUUAACCUCGCCACCCCCCUCCUGAUUGCUCUGCUGUGGCCUCAUCCUGGGCUUCUCCAAACUCGUUUAGUAUGAGUGCAAUGCGCGUGGAUGCCAAAGUGGUGAUGCUGGGAAAGGAGAGUGUGGGGAAGACCAGCCUGGUGGAGAGAUACGUUCAUCAUCGCUUCUUGGUCGGCCCGUACCAGAAUACUAUCGGUGCUGCUUUUGUUGCCAAACCAAUCCAGGUGGGAGAGAAAGUGAUUACCCUGGGAAUAUGGGACACAGCUGGAUCAGAGCGCUACGAAGCAAUGAGCAGAAUCUACUACAGAGGAGCCCGGGCAGCCUUGGUCUGCUAUGAUCUGACUGACAGCAGCAGCUUCCAGCGAGCUCGGUUCUGGGUGAAGGAGCUGCAAACCUGCGAGGAACACUGUAAGAUCUACCUGUGUGGCACUAAGAACGACCUGGUUGAAGGAGAUCGGGGUCUGCGCCAAAUCGACUAUCACGACGCUCAGGACUUUGCUGAAGAGAUUGGUGCGCAGCUUUUCGAGACCUCCAGUAAAACAGGAAGUAAUGUUGAUGAGUUGUUCCAGAAAGUUGCUGAGGAUUAUAGCAACACUGCCUUCCAGUAUAUGACAGCGGAGGAAACGGGCGUGGACUUGGGCCAGAAGAAGGACUCAUAUUUCUACACCUGUUGCCAUAACAACUGAUGCAUAGCAGCAGCAAGGGAAACAGGAGCGGUCACCUUCCCUCGGCUAGAGUAAAACCUGGAUAACGUUGGAUGGCCUGUCAGAUAACUCUGAUGUGGAACUGGAAUCCAAAUCACAGAACCAGAAAUCAGGCAGUACUGUUUAAACCUUGUUAGAUAUGUUUAUUUCUUUUGUGCCAUAAAGAACUGAGGGCUGCAAGACUUUAUGGAGGAAGAUCUAAUUCAACUGUUACCGGGUGGAGAUGGAUUUUACACCAACAUUCACACUUUUCACCCAGUUAUGUCCCGUGUUUUAUCAGCUGGUCCAUUUCUUUUUCCUAGCUGGACCGUGGAAGUAAACAUUAUCCCUAAAGGUGUGGUGUCAAACAAUCUGGAGCUGUGCUGUGGUUAAAAGAUGACCCGCGGACUGGCAGAACUUGAUUGAGGUGGUUUAUUGUUGUGGCGAGUGCUGUGCAUCCAGGAGGGGGAAUGGUUUGUUUACAGCUGUUCUAUUUUUUUUUAUUUAACUCUAUUUAACUUUGCUGUUAGUCCGGCACAUCGUCCAUGAAGCCUAUACACAUGGAGUACAAAGGAUACUAGGAUACAAAACACCAGUCAUACUUAAUUGAAAUUUGUCUUAUACCUUUCCAAAUCUGGUAUAACACAUGAAUGAAAUCAUACCAAUGAUCUUUUUAAAGGCCUUAUACCUGCAGUAGAAAUGACAGGUGUCCCCAAAUUCUACUUUCAGAGCUUUGGCUCUUCAGUGUUUACCACAACUUUUGCCAUGUGACAGCCAUGAAUGUAUUAACAGGGCUGGAUACGACCUUCAUGCUAAUCUGCCCUACUUGUCACCCGUAGUACUGCAACAAGAAUAAUCCUGAGAUUACCAUUAUAAAAGAAAAAUGUAUAAAACUGUUCACGGGGUUUAAUUAUUACUCUUUGUUUCCAUUAAGGUUUUAUAUUUGUAAAACUUUCCCAAAUACUUUUAUUUUCAUCUGAAUGUGAAGUCUUUAGACUGAGCGUGAACGUGUGGGCAGGGCCAGCAGGAGAAACAUUAAUGAGCACUUGCAGCAGUGCACUCAACGCGAAAACAAACCCAGAAGCUGUAAAACUCUUUUGGUUCAUGUGUUCGUUGAGCAGUUUUCGUUCAAAUGACGAGCCGCCAUUUUAGAAUAUCCAGCUCUUAUAAUACAUCCAUGGUGUCGGCACGUACAACAUGUGUCUGAUACGUUAUAUUUUGAAUAAGCUAUGAGUCUGUCAAAAGGAAAAUCAAAUUUAAAAUUUAUUAAAAUGUUAUUAAAAUGCCUAGCUGUCUGUAAUUAAAAUGCAUGGCCUGAGCUGACUGAAACAACAUUUUAAGGUGUUCUGCGUUUAAACUCUUAAAUUUUCUAUUUUGUCAUUUCAAAUGCAAGUACACAUAUGGAAAUAUGUCUUUUCCUCUGGUUGUCAGUGAAGCCGUGAGAUGUUCAUUUUUCUGAAGACAAGCCUCUGAAAGGUUUCAAGACAAACUCCACUUCUACAGAAAGAUGAUCAAGGUUCCUCUUCAUUGUGUUGAGAAACUACAGAUUUCACCAACACAGGACAAAAACGUUGGUAGUGAAUGUUGUAAUACAAAAUGUAAUCGCAAUGUUCUCAAAACAAUAUUUACAGCUAUAUUUAACUUCAAGACUCACUAAUUUAUUGCCUUUUAAGUUGCCAGGAGGACAGGGGAGGUGGGGGUUCCUCCAUGUUGCUGAUUUGAUGUGUUGAUGUUCCACUUGUUGAUAUUUUGAUGCACAAUAUUUUUUAUUGAGGGCUGUUUAAGACAGGCCAGUGUGAAAUGCAGAAAUGUUCUGUAAAAUUAAAGGCUCGUUAAAACAAUGUUUCAAAGCUUUGACAGACCUUACAUUUUUAUAGUGAUUGAUGCACACUUUUUUGCCCAUAUAAUAUCUGAGGUUAUGCAUUGAAGUGAAAAAAGAUUAUGCAAAUGAAUGGCAAUAUAUGUAAAAUUGUACAGAGCAACUACAGAACAGAAUUUGUGGCACACUGAAAACCCUUUUUUUAAAUUCAGUUUGGCAUUUCCAGCUUAUGCCACUUGCAGAUAAUUUUGCUUGUCCUCUCAUGCCAUCUAUCCCCACCAAGAAAAAGAAAACAAUAUAAAAUCCCCCAGAAAGGAACAUUACCAUAAACCAGAAACCGCAAAAGUGGCACAAAUGAAACAGACCCACG